UCUCCCUCUUCCAGUCCGGCACCAGCUCUUGAGAACCAAAUGCUCCCCAUGCACAGUCCAACGUAACGGCUGCAAGCCUGCGACCCUCAGCCCAUCGCCACCGGUUAACCGCCACGGGUCGAAGCCAACCGCGGUGGUCCGCAGCCUCCAUUGUCUUUCGCGCUGACGAGCACAACCUUCCUUAGAGUUCACUUCCAGAAGCUAGCUCAAUCCAAUACAAUUGAAAAAGAAAAAAAAAAACCAAUUAAAAUAAACAGAGGGCCGACUGUGCUGCGACGACUAAUUGAUAGCUCAGUUGACGGGGAAUCCACCGGUCAAGCUGCUGAGAUGAUAUGAGGUCAUGAACCCUAGUUAGUCGCCCACCUAACCAUUUCAAAAUUUGCACAUUAGGGGAAGAAUUAUCAGAUCACAAUCUUAAUUUCGAUAUAAACCCAGAUGGUGAUUAAGUUUUCUUUUAAACCCCUUCGCUUAAAAUCCUUAGAUGGCGUUUUUAAUCUUAACCUUGUUUGCCGCCGUCGUCUCUUUGGCACCUGUCGGCGGUGGCGCCGCCUCGAAUGAAAUUUCUACCACCAUGGUCAGCCGCAUGUGCGGCGGCCCUCAGGCCGCCGAUCCAGAGACAUUCGAUGUCAAUUUUGUUGAUUCGAUGGAGACCAUAUCCCAAAAAGUCGCCGACAGUGGUUUUGGGAUCUCGUCGUCCGGCGACAACGCUUCGGAACGCGCGUACGGGCUCGGCCAGUGCCUGAAUUACCUCUCGAAUAUUGACUGCAGGCUCUGUUACGCUGAAAGCAGAGUAAAGCUUCCUCUCUGUUUACCCGCAACCUCUGCUCGUGUAUACCUAAACGGUUGCUUCUUGCGAUAUGGAAAUUAUAAUUUUUCUCAGGAGGCAGUGGACGGUCCGAGCUCUGCCUAUUGUGAGAUCUCCAAAAAUGUGACGCAGGUGGUUAAUUUCAAGGAAAUUGCAAGCGGGUUUGUUCAGAAUUUGACAAUUGGGGCUUAUAGAGACAGGGAUUUCUACAAACAGGGGAAUGUUACAAUUCCCAACUCGGGGAUAACUGUUUAUGGGGUUGCGCAGUGUUGGAGAUCUCUGAAUAGGAGUGGGUGUACGGAGUGUUUGGAAAGCGCGAGGCAGAGUAUCGUCGGUUGUCUCCCUGGUUCUGAUGGAAAAGCUUUGAAUGUUGGAUGCUUCCUUCGGUACUCUCUGGAUCCAUUUUUUGCAAAAACAGUGUCUUCGAGCGGUGGUUCUUCUUCAGCUCACUUGGCGAUUGCGCUUGGAACAAGCUUUGCCGCAGCGAUGGUCAUAGUUGCAGCAGUUUUCCUCUGGGUGAAAAGGAGAUAUUCAAUGGAUGAUGAAUUCACAUACAUGGAUGGAUCUUCGGAAAUUUUCAGAAUGAUCGCAGAAUCCAGUCUCAGUUUCAAGUACAAUGAUCUGAAGAAAGCAACAAAUGAUUUUAGUCUGGAGAACAAACUAGGCCAAGGUGGCUUUGGCUCUGUUUUCAAGGGAAUCCUACAUGAUGGGAGGGAAAUUGCAGUAAAGCGUCUGUUCUUCAAUACUGCACAAUGGGUGGAUCAGUUUUUCAAUGAAGUUAAUCUAAUUAGCCAGGUUCAACACAAAAAUCUUGUUCGACUUCUCGGUUGCAGCGUCGAAGGCCCCGAAAGCCUCUUGGUCUAUGAAUACCUCCGCAACACCAGCCUUGACAACUUUCUAUUUGAUAUAAACAAGAAGAAUUGUUUAGAUUGGGAGAAGAGAUUUGAUAUCCUCGUUGGCACGGCAGAAGGUUUAGCUUACCUCCAUGAAGGUUCCGAUGUCCGAAUUAUUCACAGAGACAUUAAAGCUAGCAAUGUUCUUCUGGAUGAAAGAUUGAAGCCUAAAAUUGCAGAUUUUGGGCUGGCAAGAUAUUUUGCAGAGGGCCAGAGUCAUCUCAGCACUGGCAUAGCUGGAACUAUAGGUUACAUGGCUCCAGAAUAUGUCAUUCACGGGCAGUUAACGGAGAAGGCCGACGUCUACAGCUAUGGAGUACUAGUUGCUGAAGUUCUCUCCGGUCGAAAGAAUACUAAUUCUGUAUCGUCAUCAGCUGAAGGCCAUUCCCUUGUGUCACAGAUAUGGGAGCUGUUCAAUUCAAAUAAUCUGAUCGAAAUGCUGGAUCGCGAUCUUCAAGGGCAGUGUUCGGAAGAACAUGUACUGAAGGUGUUUCAGGUUGGACUACUCUGCACCCAAGCAUCUCCUAACCUUCGACCACCGAUGAAGAAGAUAGUUGAACUGCUGACCGCUAAGACCGGAGAUCUUCCUCUUCCCUCCGAACCUCCUUUCAUAAACAUCAAGGGUAUGGAGUUUGGGAGCUACGAGUACGAAAUCUCUAAUGGGUUCUCAUCAUUCGCCAGACCCGCGGCUUCCAUAAACCAGCUGUCUGUGAGUAUUAUGCAAGCAAGAUGAUCUUCAGGGAAUGCAGUUCUAAGUUCAAAUGAAGAUGCAAUGAGCUUAUCGAACUUUGGGGCUACAGGUAAUGGGCAGCUAACGGCCUAACCAGUGUAUCAUAUAGAUUAGGGAAAACAAAUGUAACAUCUAGAGGACAAGGCUUCCAUCGGCCGGGGCUCGUAAGGGCAUGAAGUAUGCAGUCUUGGAAGCCUGCAUACUUCAAAAAACUGUUUGAUCCCGGUUUCCAUGUAACAUCCUUACCAUUGAGUCAAGGGUUGGUUAGGGCGAUCAUGUGAAGAAUUUCUUUUAGGCAGAUAAUAAGGUUAAACAAUUGCUAGUUUGGUGAAUUUGGAAAAUCUUAUUCAUUCUCUUCCACUUUCU